AUUGCGUACUAGUCAGUAUGCUAGUGCGCCUCCGCUGUUAUGUAUCUCUACGUGGUAAGGCGGACUAUGGACUAACAUUCCGUUAGCAGGAAGGUUUUAUUCGGUUAGUUAGUUGGUUCACAAUUAGCGCAAACCAAAAGACAAAGGAAGAUGUUUAAAAGCUGGGGUACGUGGCUCGGAAUCGAGUCCAUACCCGGACAAAAAAUAGACGAAAUCCAAGCGGAGGAAACACGCGGAAGUGACAAGGACGCGGAAAAUAGUGAAGUAAACAAACAAGAGUGCGGCGACAAGAACACCGAGAAAAAUGGAGAAAACCAGGCGAUCCUACAGCAAGCUAAAGGCCUGAGUGGAUACAUUCUGAACUUUGCCAGCAGUGCGACAAAGAAGAUCACAGAGUCGGUGACAGAAACAGCGAGCACCAUCAAGAAGACCGUGGAGGAAGGAAACAUCGACAGUAUCCUCGACAAGACCAUUUUGGGAGAUUUCCAAAAGGAACAGGAAAGGUUUGUUCAGGAGAAACAUGCUAAGAAAACAGAUGCAGCGGUGCCUCCAUGGGUGGGCUACAGCGAGGAGGAGACCAUUCAGCAGCAGAUCUUGGCUUUAUCUGCUGACAAGAGGAACUUCCUCCGCGACCCUCCAGCUGGUGUGCAGUUCCACUUUGACGUAGAGCAGAUGUAUCCCAUCGCUCUGGUCAUGCUGCAGGAAGACGAGCUUCUCAAUAGGAUGCGCUUCGACCUGGUUCCAAAACAAGUAAAAGAGGAGGUGUUCUGGAGGAACUAUUUCUACCGGGUGUCUCUAAUCAAGCAGUCUGCUCAGCUCACGGCGCUGGCGGCACAGCAGCAGGCUGCGGAGAGGAGAGAGGACGACAAGAACGGAGCCGAUCCACAGAACGAGAGCUCAUCAGAAUCCAGAAGACCAAAAACACCACCUACAACAAUCAACGCCAAGCCAAAGUCCAACGAGCAUCAUGAAGAGGAGGAGAUCUCGACCAGCCCGGGAGUAUCAGAGUUCGUAAGUGACGCGUUUGACUCAUGUAACAUCAAUCGGGAGGAUUUGAGGAAGGAAAUGGAGCAGCUGGUGCUGGAUAAGAAAAAUGAGGAAGAAGACACAUCGGAGUGGGAGCGAGAGCUGCAGCGGGAGUUACAGGAGUAUGAGGUAGUAGCUGAAGCGGACAACCGAGACGAAAACUGGGACCGUGAGAUCGAAGAGAUGUUGCAGGCUGACUAGCUGUUCCCCUACAAGCCCUCGCUUUCAGUGUACAAUCAUGACUACACCGGAGAGAGCAAAAAUGAAAAAAUGGACCAAACAAGCCACUACGAAGACAGGCUUCAACAUCACACGCUAUACUACAUAUACAGCAUUUCUCUCUGUUCAAGCAAAGUAGGCAGAGAUUUGCGUUAAGAACGCAUUUCAAACGGAAAAGUAGUUGCAUUCAGUGGAUGUAGUUGUGGACUUGCAGCGAUAAUGCACAGUAAACAUCUCUCUUCUCGCUGAUAGAUGAAUCAAAUGAUUAGCCCUACCUUUUAUAUAAGAUGUAUCAGUGUGUAUAAUCUCUUCUUUAUUGUCUAGAUCUGUAAUAAUGAGCGUGAUGUUUUUAAAAAGACAAAGCAUGACCCUGAUAGACUGACAGAACUUCCGAGGCUGUAGAUGAAGAAAGCAGUUGAACGGUGUGCUCCCUUUGUUUCCUCUGACCUGAAAACUGAAUUUAUUAAAGAAAAAGUAGUUAUUUUUUUCAUUCUCAAAACAUCACUCAUCUUUUAGCUGUUCAGUAAUAAUAUUCUGUGUUUAUUAAACGUUAUCUUGUCUUUAAA